AUGAUCUCUCUUCCUUCCAGCCUGUGGGCCCAGGCCUUGGCCACUCUGGGUUUGCUUGUUGUGACAAAGUUGAUUUCAGAUGUGUUCUUUUCGCGUUUGAAAUCCAUCCCUGGCCCGGCGUUGGCGAAGAUCACUGAUGUUUGGCGUGCGGCUCAUGCAUAUGGCGGACGUAUUGAUCUGAAGAAUGUUCAAUUACAUCGGAAAUAUGGCACAGCGGUGCAGGUCGGGCCCAAUUGCAGUGAUAUGUACCGCCCCAAUGAUGUACUGAUUGAAGGCCAUCGAAUGUCGAAUCUCUUCAACACCCAGGAUGAAGAUUGGCAUAACCAGAACAUCCGACCUAUCCGGGGCCUGUGGACCAUGACUAAGGUUCUGGAAUACGAGCCUUUCAUCGAUGAAACAAUAACAAAGUUUGUGGACAAGCUUGCGCUGAGAUUUGUCGAUGGUGAUAACGCAGGAAAGGUUUGCCCGGCAGAUGAAUGGAUUGGUUUCUUCGCCUGGGAUGUGACCGCCAAUUACAGCUUUGGUCGGCACUAUGGAUUCAUUGACCAGGAGAAGGAUGUCGACAAUUUGAUCACAGACUCCACUGCUGGCCUGAGAUACUUCGCACCGGUCUCUCAAAUCCCCUGGGUUGACAACUUCCUCGACAAGAACCCAAUCAAGCGCAUUGGGCCCAAGCCCACCUUGACAGGUGUCCUCUACGCCUUCAGAGUCGUCGCCGAGUAUCAGGCCCAGCUUGCUGAGAAAAAAAUCUCCGCCGGUACUGUCGAUCACACGCUCGACAAAUAUGUGCAGCUGAAAGAAACGUACCCCGAUCUCGUUGAUGACAACCAAAUUGUUAACUGGCUGAUGCUGAGCAUUCUCGCUGGAGGGGACACAAGCUCAGCCACCAUGCGUGCUGCCGUUUACUACCUAGCCAAAUCACCUGCUGCGACGGCCAGACUUGUCGCCGAACUUCAAUCCGCCGGUAUCUCUGCCCCCGCUCCCUGGAAGGAGAUCCGCGACUUGCCGUACCUGGAUGCCGUCAUUCGUGAAGCCCUGCGCGUCAACCCUGGUAUUGCCAUGAUCUUCGAGCGUAUCGUUCCAGAGGGUGGAUUCACGCUUCCGGACGGACGAUAUCUCCCCGCGGGUACUAAGGUCGGGAUUAACCCCUUUGUCACGAACCGUGAUUUCGGAGUGUUCGGGGAUGAUGCGGAUGACUUCAAUCCGGAUCGCUGGCUGCAGGGCAAGGACGAAAGCCCGGAGAACUUCGAGGUUCGCCUGCGUCGGAUGAAGGAUACUGUCGACUUAUCUUUCGGCGGCGGAGGCCGGGUUUGCAUGGGCCGGUAUCUCGCUACGUUGGAGAUCAAAAAGCUGAUCGCGUCGCUGUACACCUCGUUCGAUAUUCAAUUGGUCGACCCCAAGCAUGAAUGGAACUAUCAAAAUGCCUGGUUCGUGUAUCAGUACGAUAUGCCCAUGGUCAUUCGGCGCCGAUGA